CCAGGAUUGAAAUUGUGGACUGAGAAAAUAAAAAAAUAAAGAAGAGAAAUAAAAAAAAAUGGCGACCAGCAGCAUAGCAUCCGCCGGGUGCGGAUUUGCGGUGGCGCCGACCGUCGCGUCCGGCUCGACCACCGCCAAAAGCGGCGUGGCGUUCUUCUCCAGGAGAUACAGGAAUCCGAGAAUUGUGGUUCGGGCUGCGGACGAGGCGGCGGCGCCAGCAGCCUACGCCCCCGCCGCCGAAGCCCCCAAGGCUGCCAAGCCGCCGCCGGUCGGCCCCCCGAGGGGCUCGAAGGUGAGGAUUUUGAGGAAGGAGUCAUACUGGUACAAGGGUGUAGGCUCAGUUGUUGCUGUUGACCAG